AUGGAAUCGUCUUGGGGUUGGAUGCAUUCACGGAUGGAGGAGAGCACGCUAAUCGAUGUAAGAUCUCUCACACCGACAUACUCUGAUCCUCUUGCUGCUUCUGGAUCACAUAGACUGGCGGAGGGGAUCUCACCGGGUUUCUGUGUUUCUUGUCUAAAACAGGACGUGCUGAUUCUAAACGAAUCGCCUCUCCUCGGAGGUCGUCGUCAAAGCACAAUGAACGGUCGUUUUAUGCGGAGUCCUCGCCAGGUAAAACGACCUUGCCCGCCGGAUAUGUCUGAGAGAGAGGGUGCAAUAUUCAAUCAUUUGCUUCCCUUCCGAGCGCUUCAGUCUGAACUGACUCGCCCUGUUUCUCUUGACAGCAGCGCGAAAGAAGCUCGUUGAAUCCCGCGCGAUGGAGAGGGAACAUGUUGGUGGAUGUAAGUUUUUUGAUGACCUGAGCUGCUGUGUUCCUCCCAGCUCUGACCAGGAGCCGUGCAAGAAGCAGCCUCGCCUCCAAAAUAUGCUGACUUUGGUUCCCUUAUUGACUCUGUAUUCCCGUCUGCUCUAGGAGGUCGUUAUACUGGACGAUAGAUCGGCAGCGCCUCGUGGAGCGGCGGACUUGAUCCGGUGGCGCAGCCAUCUUCUACCAGGCAUGGGGCCGUCGGAAGGAGAGCAGCAGACCGCAGUGUUGAGCUCCGGGCUGAACGAGGAGAUGGCCCUGUUGCUCUUGAGAACGAGAAGAUAUGUACCGUCCUCCACCGCCUACGCCAGCGAUGAAACGUGCUGCAUAUGCCAGGUAAGUUAAGGGAGAAGACAGACGCUUGGUGGCGCCGGUAACCAGCCCAGCAGCUUCUCUGAUGGCUCGAUUUAUGUCUUUGUGUCUGACAGGAGGAUUACGACGAGGGUGAAGAUGUCGGGAUGCUGAGCUGCGGACACGGCUUCCAUGCUGCCUGCGUUGGGAGAUGGCUGACGCAGAGGAAUGUCUGCCCGAUCUGCAGGAGGACGGGCCUCCAGCCCGCUGUGUAA